AUGCUCCCUUCGGAAUCACCAGAAGCUGCAGUCCAGACGGAUCUCGAGGCCCAAGAGCCGGACGAGGGGACGCAUCAUAUCAUCGGACCCAUUAGUAUUCCCUGCAAGCGGAUACGAGAGCUCUCUCGACGGACUUCUACCGUGCUGUUUAACGCCAGUAACCUCGGGAGUGCCACUCGCCCGGCACACGUGACUUUCUUGGGCUGCGUGGCGGCCGUGCGAGCCUCGUAUGAUCGCGAAGUCCUUUUUCUUCGCAAGAUUAUUAUCCCAGACUCGAGACGCGAUGAUAUCAAUCAAUCGUUCUGGGUAAUAGGCACUCCACGUGGAUUCCCACAUGAAUUUCCCGGGCGCCACGCGCUAAACCACACAACCGCUGUCAACCACGCCAUCUGGUGCGGUGCAACUGUCGCCAAGAGUGUCUUCCCUCAACCGGCAACUACGUCUUCCUCUGAUCACGCGGAGAUCCUGAAAGGACGGCGAACUUUCGUUUUCGGGUCGAGUACGUAA